AUGGUUUGGUCGGCGACAGACCUAGAUCCUGAAUCUGGAGUCGCUUGCAGGCAGUGCGCCACCGAGGUUGUCUGUUCUGGGUCCGUUAAGGUUUGGAAAGACCUCCCCAGCGAGAACUGGGCCGAGAUGAUGGAAUUCUGGCAUUGCCACAAGCCUGAUCAUCAUCACCAUCACAAUCCGAGCGAGGAAGAUGGAAAGGCCGGCGAAGAGAGCCUCGCUGCGAGGGGCUACGGCGCUUCCUCAGCCAUCUCUGCCCAGGAGGGUGUUGGUUUUGUGGACUUAACGACGCUUCUUUUCGAGGAAAGGGAUUGUCAGAAUGUGACGAUCAGAGUCAUGGCGAAUUUUCCUGUUCACGCAGGCUACUGGGCGGGCGAACCUCCCUCAGGGGAUGGGUCGCUGCCUCCGGCAGACAGCCUACCCUCCGCACUUCGCCAGAUCAUUCUUAAGUGGAGACUGCUCUGGGAUUAUUGGAGGGACAUGUCUUACACGGCACGCCUUAAGCAACCCCAAGUCAGUCAGUGGCUGACCGUUUCCCGUUUAUAG